GAACGCACCACGCCUGUCUGCUCUCUAGUUACAUUAUGGCGGCGGGGACGUGCGGAGGACGACAACUUCUGCUUGAUUCCUUCCCAAACACUGUACGGAGCCAACAGCUAUAAGUCAAAUCCCCCACGACAAACACGAGCGCACUGUCUCCGACGGGGUGGCGCAGCUUGUGGCUCGUACCGACGGUUUUCGUGGAGGAUAAUCGGCUGCUGUGAUGCGUGACGACCCGCAGUCAAGAAACUCCCCAGAUUUUUCCGCGUCUGUUUCUGCCCUGGCUGUCAGUUAGCCGGCUAGCAGCUCGGCACUAACCACCUUCAUGCUAACGCUCGCCUGCAUGGCUCCGUCCUAGCCCAAAGAAGGGCCGGUUUGCUGGGUUCAUUUGCUCCAGCAGACAGGGAGGGUAUUUCACCUUUAUUCGGUAGGCGAACAGACCGAAAAGGGUGGAGAUAAAACAUUUGAGGACCUUGAUGAUAAGUUUGUCGGCACUUGUUAGCCUAGCCUAGCAUAGCCUAGCCAAUGUUAGCUUUGCUGGUUCAACGCCAGAAAACGUUGGCCAAGAGUUAGCGCUUCGCCUGCCCAUUAGCGAGCUAGCCAAUUAGCAUUUUAGUUGCACAAGAAGACCGGCGAAUCACCAGUUGAUCCCGUCUGAGUGAUUUGAAGCCUGCGUCGAGACCAGUGGACGAGCAGGGAGUUCACUGCAUAACUUUAUGGACAUUAAUUGACCGUUUGUGUUACUCACAACUCAGGGCAGUCUUGCUGAUAUAAAGUGGGAAGGUAGUGCAGCCUGAGCUGUGUACAGUGGACAAUGUGUAUCAGUUAGUACCUACAAACCUAGAGGACUGAUAUUUCUGCCUACAACUAGGCUGCACGUAUUGUAUAGUAUUCAUUGUGGAUCGACAGAAUCCUGCCACUCUGGAUCAAGAAAACCUGUCCCUCGUGUCUGGUUGGAGUAAUACUCUCAAGCCAAAAUCAAUGCCUUCAGCACUAGCUGUGUUUGCCUGCCGACCCAACUCGCACCCAUUCCAGGAGCGACAUGUCUACCUGGAUGAGCCGGUCAAGAUCGGCAGGUCGGUGGCUCGGUGUCGGCCCGCGCAGAACAAUGCCACGUUCGACUGCAAAGUGCUGUCCAGGAAUCAUGCCCUGGUUUGGUUCGACCACAAGACGGGCAAGUUUUACCUGCAGGACACUAAAAGCAGCAACGGGACGUUCAUCAAUAGCCAGAGACUGAGUCGUGGCUCGGAGGAGAGUCCACCCUGCGAGGUCCUCUCUGGAGACGUUAUUCAGUUUGGCGUUGACGUCACUGAGAACACACGAAAAGUCACCCAUGGCUGCAUUGUAUCAACAAUCAAACUCUUCCUACCUGAUGGGAUGGAGGCACGCCGACGAAGCGAUGUCAUCCAGGCUCCAUUACCACUACCUGUAGACAAGGUUGCAGCCAACACUCCCAGUAUGUAUUCUCAGGAACUGUUCCAGCUCUCCCAGUAUUUACAGGAGGCCUUACACCGAGAGCAGAUGCUGGAGCAGAAGUUAGCCACUCUGCAGCGUCUGUUAGCCACCACUCAGGAGGCCUCAGAGAGCAGCUGGCAGGCUCUGAUUGAUGAGGAUCGUUUGCUCUCCAGACUGGAAGUGAUGGGCAGUCAGCUACAGGCUUACUCUAAGUCCCAGACAGAGGAAGGGAUCCGAAAGGAGCUCCUGGCUCUUCAGGAGGACAAACACAACUACGAAACAACAGCGAAGGAGUCUCUGAGGCGAGUCCUGCAAGAGAAGAUUGAGGUGGUCCGAAAGCUUUCAGAAGUAGAGCGCUCGCUGAGUAACACAGAGGAUGAGUGCACCCACUUGAAGGAGAUGUCUGAGAGGAGCCAGGAGGAGCUGAGGGAACUUGCCAACAAGUACAACGCUGCCAUCAAUGAGAUCAAAGAACUCACAGACAAAAUCAAGGCAGCAGAGGGCCGUCAGGAAGAACUGACCCAGCGAGGCGCGACGGAGAAGAGGGAGUUGGAGCUGCGCAUAGAGGAGAUGGAGGAAAAGGAGCAGGUUCUCCAGGCUCGCAUCGAAGCUCUGCAGGCGGACAACGACUUCACUAACGAGAGACUCGCUGCCCUGCAGGUGCGAUUAGAACAGCUGCAAGAAAAAAGCAUUAAAGAGAACAACAGUCUGGAUGUCGUGGACAUGUACCCUGGACCAGUAGAGGCGCCUGUCGAGGACAAACAGAGCCAGCAGACACCUGAGAACCAGGAGGAAGACGAGGAUGAGGAGGAUACAGACACCGAUGAUGGUGCAGUUGGUGAAGAUAAAGAUAUUGAUGACAACUGUCAUGUUAACAGUGGAGGAGACUCAACUAGAAUCCAACACUUGAUUGAGUGUCCGCCGGUCAAACAGCUGAAGGAGACUGUAAGUUCUUCAAUUCACAAACUGGCCAACUUUGAUGAAGUGAUGGACGCCCACUUACAGAACAACCAGACGUCAGAAGACAACAUCCUUGGCAGCCCUGAUCGACUUAAAGAGAAUCAAAUGGAUGCCAAAGAGUCAGACAUGUCCGACACGCUGAGUCCCAGCAAAGACCGCAGCAGCGACGACACGUCAGAUGGAAACAUGGAUGAUCAGGAGCUUAAUGAACCUCAGAACAGAGUCGCUCUGCUCAAAGCGGAGCUACAUCGAGCUGGUCUAGAGCCUGAAGAUACUGAGCAGGUCAUCCACCACCUCCACAGAGAACUUCUUGAGGCUCAGGAGUUGGCCAACACAGGCAAGCAGAAAUGUCUGGAGCUGCAAGCUCUGCUGGAGCACGAGAGGAGGAGUAACUCUCAGCUGACUGAAGAUUCAACCAAACAGAUCCAGUACCUGCAGGCUCAGCUUAGGAAGCUGCAGGAAGACAUGGAGGCACUGAGGGUGCAGUUGGAGAGCACCAUCUGCAGCACCAAAGAAGAGCUGUGCUCCGCUCGGGAGGAGGUCCGCGUCCUCAGGCAUGCCAUGGAGGCAGCCACCACGGAGCGGGAGCGGGAGAUCGCCGCCCUGCAGGCUGACCUGGGCGGGGUCCGCUCGGAGCUGGAGCAGUGGAGGAACACGGCCUCUAAAUACGAGGAGGAGAUCAGCCGACUGCAGGCAGCUUUCACUCAGCAGCAACAACAGCAGAGCUCUGCGAGCCAUCUGCAGGUGGAGUGUACUACGUUGCAGCAGCGGUGUGUGUGUUUACAACAGGACUGUGACAGCCUUCGAUUGGAACGGAAAGCUCUGACGGACAGACUGCACCGCCUGGAGGCUGAGCUCAGCAGCACCAAGGAGCAGAGUCUGGUCCUCAGCAGCAGCCUGGAGUCUAUGGAGAAAAGAGAGGAGGUUCUGCAGGACAAACUGGGUUCUCUGGAGAACCAACACUUGCAGGAUGCGAGCAGGUUAAAGAGCCAGCUGGACCAGGCCCAGGCCCGCACACACACGCUGCAGAGGGAGUAUGAAGACACACAGUCCCAGCUGCUGGACCUCCGUCAGCGCUACGAGAGAACAGAACAGGAGAAGACGAGCAUCAACCAGGAGCUGGAGCAGUGCAGGAGCAGCCUGAAGCUGCUACAGGACAAGACGGCUUCUCCAUCCAUAUUGCAGCCUGCCCAAGCCAUAUUCAUGGGCCUUGUCCUGGCUCUGCUCUACUGGUGUUUCGGCCAGUUGUGGUAGAAAGAGUGGCUGGAGCCCCUGGAUGCCGGUCAUCGCAGUGAUGGUCGCCGUUACGGCAGCAGUCCUCUACCCCAACCUCUCCAAGAGCAGCUCCACCUAGGACACACACACACACACACACACACACACACACACACACACACACACUGGAUGUGCUGCGAGGGAGCGUCACUGCUUUACUUGUAUAAAGACUAAUUGUACAUAAUUGUAGAGGGAAUAUAAAGGUUGUGGUUUCUACAGAGGAUUCAAAUGACUUUUGACUCCUUUUUGUUUUUCCUGCGAUGGGGACUUGGCUUGUUUUUAUCCUCGGCUCUCUGCUGUGGUGGGGGCUUUUUGAUUUUCGUCUCUGCAGAUUUCUGGGUUACAAAGCAUUCUCUAGCAGACUGGGCUUCCACACACUUAACAGUAAAGUAACUGUGUGUGUGUGACCUUCCAGCAGCUUCAGUGCAGUCACAGCAACAUGAUCCACCUUUAUCAUGAUGAUAAAUGCAGUCAUCUGUUGUAGUGUGUAGCUCCAUCAGGCAGGGAGCUGCACUUGUUGCUAAUCAGCAUCUUCACUGAGGAAAUUCAAAACCAGAAUUGUUGAAAUUGAAGGCAGCGUAAGUGAGCGUCAGUAGAAGUAGUUUACUGGGCCUCCAUGAGGGACCUACAUGGGUCCCAGACAUGGUUUAAUCUGACCAUGUUAAGGACUAAUACUAUGGACCAUCCACAUCCCAUCAGACUGAGGAUAUGAUCAGUAAACUAAAAGUAGUCUGUCCGUUAAUUGAGCGUCCAGGCUGUAGGAGCACAAAGAAGCACAAACGGUGAAUAAAAUGCCCCAGUUAAACCCCUCAGUUAUUCCUUUUUUUGUUUGUGUCUGAAGCUGCUGGAGGGUUCUUGAAGGCAGUUUAAGGAAGUCCUGCUGUCCUCUGGUUUUAUUCAGCUGUGUUGGAUGUCUAACGGGCACUUUUUUCUGUUUUUUUUUUUUUUUGUUUGUUUGUUUUUUUUUUUUGGGACAGUGUGGGAUCGGGACAAAACUUGAAGCCAAAUUAUCACAAUAAAAUGAUUUUAUUUGAUUUCUUUUUUAAAGUUUCUCUAUAGGGCACAGAAAAGGGGCUCGAAGUGCCUCUGAUGUAUUUAACUCCACAGUUUGUAUGUGUGCGGACAAACACACACACACGUUUGUUAGUGUGUGUGACUGUGCUCGGACUCAGACAGCUUUUGUCAGCACUUUGAGCCUCUACUCAUGGCCUUCAUCAGCAUGUAGCACUAGCUCAGUCAUCAGAGAUGGUUCAGCUGACGUCGCAUCACCGGCCUUUGGGUUAUUUUGUCAGGUUAUUACUGUGGCUUCUUUGCUGCUGAUUGAAACCCUGUGGACCUGAAUCCUCCCGUUCACAUCUGAGGCUCCAACCAGGUAUCUGCUGCAGGAUGGAGACAAAUAUGGAUGUGGUUUUAAAAAAGGCGUCCGUAUCUGAGAUGUUACUACCAAUUCAAACCGUAUAUUUUUGUGAAGGCUUUUUGUUUCAUAUGUGAACGUUGUUUGCUGUGAUUGUAACAGGACAAACUCCACAGUCCUUCCUCUGACCGGCUGUUUAAUGUGGAUGUGGUCCAGAGCUGCAACCGUUUUAUUGCUAAGUUCCAUUAUUUGUUUCUAUCCUUCUCCGACUCAUCAGGGAAGCUAAAGUGACUUUGGAAGACGUCCACUGAGUUUAGGGAGUUCUCCGUGGGCUUAGAUGGAGACUGUGGGUUUUGUCCUGCAUCUGCUUCCAUGGGUUUCAGAAAAGAAUUCAUUAAAGCACGGAAACACGUUGACCAAAAACACGUCCUUGAGUUGAACACAGCUGUAAUUUACUACCAGUUAUGUCUCCAAACAUGCGCUCUCACAUUGGAUUUCAUCUACAGAUCAUAAAUUGUGUGUCAAACAUCCGCAGACCACUUUAAAGGUACUCGUUAUCAUCAUGACGUGUUUUAAUUUUUUCACAGUCACCUGGUAUUAACAAAAGUCCAGUUGCACCUUUUUGCCUCUCUCCAAACACACUAACCUUUCAGGUCUGUGCUGAGACGGAAGCAGUUUCACAGCGCGCGUGUGUGUGUGUGUGUGUGUGUGUGUGUGUGUGUGUGUGUUUGUCGCCUCACACUCUGGACUCCUGAGCAGCGUUUGUCAUCGUUAGUGUACUCUGUCUUGUCGCUGUGUUUGAAAAAAUAAAGACAAUGAACAAAUAUUCCUGAUGUUUAAAGAGAAACACUACAGUACAGAGAGAAUUGUAAAAUAAAAUGUUAUUGAACGAAGUGCUACUAGACUUAUUUUGUUAAAAUUGUUUAGUGAUAUGAGAGGGAGCUAUGUAGAGACUAUGAUGAGGAUAUUGUAUUGAAUAUGCAGAGCGAUGUUUGGAUUAAAGUUGUAGCAAGCUGACCCACCA